AUGCUCACCCGCUCGCUCAGUAAUUACACGGGGAGGCAGAGCGGAGGCUACACCGGAAACAGCUGUUCUGAGUUUGGAAAGUCGCCGGAAGUCCCCGCUCUGCUCCGUCUGCCUGCCUGCUCGCGCCGCGGACGUGGGGCGGGGCGAGGUCGCCCCCAGCCGCUUCCUUAUUGGCGGCUGCUGCGCGGCGCGCGCGGACUCAGGAUGUCGGUUGCGCUGCGGCGGCUCCGCCAGACCCCGCGGCACCUGCUGGUGUGCGAGAAAAGCCACGUGCGGCACGAGCGCUCCCGGCACGCGGCGCACGUGCGGGGCCACGCCUACAACUGCCGCGUGUCAUUUUUGAUCCCUGAAUGCGGAAUUCUUCCAGAAGCACUGAAAAGAGUUAUCACAGACAUUGGAGAGUAUUACUUGGUGAAGAAUUUAUCCCUUCAUGAAUUGGUUACACAUGAAUUUAUCAAUACAUUUGUGAAGAAAGGUUCAUGCUAUGCUCUUACGUACAACACAAAAAUUGAUCAAGAUAAUGCUGCUGCUCUACUACCAACUGGAAAACUAAUUAUAUCCGUAGACAAGGACACAUAUGAGGAACUUGGACUACAAGGUCGUCCAUCUCAGUAUUCUGGUAAAAAAGUCAUGAGAUAUAUUGUUACCAUUGACUUGACUGACUCGGCCUUUGAUCCUGAUAGUAAGAAACAUAAAAGAGUGCUUUGGGCCUUGAAAGAGAAGAAACCUUUAGAAUUUGAUUUUCUGCUGUCCUGGCAUAACGCAGGUGCAGAAGGAUCAACACUGGUGUCAUACUUUUCCAAAAAUCAAAUACAAGCCCAUCAACCAAAAACAACAUUCAGCACAUUAAGAAAUUUGCAGUGUCCAGUGCUCUAUAGUAAUGAACUGCAAGGAAAGCUGGAAGAGUCAUGCAGUGCACAGGAACUAUUUGAAUGGCUAGGUGCCGUUUGCAACAAAGUUGGUUUAGACAACAAGUCAUUUAGCUUCUUAUCAACCUAUUGCUGUCCUCAGCCCAGCACAGUAGUGGAGCAAGCCUAUUUAUGCACAAUCACUGGCUUUAUACUCCCAGAGAAGAUAAUUCAGUUACUGGAACAACUAUGUUGCUAUUUUGAGGAACCAAAAUUGGCUCAGUGGGUGACCUUAACCGUGCAUGGCUUUGCAGACAGCCCUGUUUCCUGGAGAGAAAGUGAACACGGUUUCCAAAAGGGAGGAGAGAACUUGUACAAUUUUGUUGUUUUUAGGAGCCUGGACUAUUGGCUUCAAAUGGCUGUUGGAGCAAAUGAUGAUUGCCCACCUUAAAAGUUCUGCCUGUAGGGAAGUUUCUUAAAAAGAAUUAUCUGAGAUGUGCUCACAAAAUAUCAGACAAUUAAUUAGCCAUUGAAAGGAUCUAUGUAUAUAGGAAGUUUUUCAUGUUAGCAUCAUAUUGCUUCCACAUGACAAGUGGAGAAGUCUUGUUUACCGGAAUGUGUAUUUUUGUCAAAUAUCUAUUUUUAAUAAAAAGUGAAAUCUUGUUA